AUGAAGAUUACUUUAUUCAUCGCCGCCGCCCUGGCCUCCGUCGCCGCUGCUCAAGACGCCUGCAAGCUUUACAACUACUACUCAAGCAACGGCUACGAGAUCCUCAACAACCUCUGGGGCGAAGGUUCUGCGACCAGCGGAUCCCAGUGUACAUACGUUGACGAAGUCACCGACGCCGGCACCAAAUGGCACUCAAACUGGACCUGGACUGGUGCCCCAAACAACGUCAAAAGCUACGUCUAUGCCGGCCGCUUAUUCACCAGGAAGCCUGUGAGCCAAUUUACGAAUCUGCAAACCGAGGCAAACUGGGCCUACGACACCACCAACAUCCGUUGCAACGUUGCCUACGAUCUCUUCACUGCCAAGGACGCCAACCACACCAACGAAUACGGAGACUUUGAACUCAUGAUCUGGUUGGCUAGGUGGGACGUCCACCCCAUCGGCAGCUCGCAAGGCAUGAUCAACAUCGCUGGCUACACCUGGGAGCUUUUCUACGGCUUCAACGGCGCCAUGAAAGUAUACUCCUUCGUAGCGCCCAGCCCUGUCCCACAUUUCACCGCCGAUCUCAAGGAGUUCUUCACGUAUCUUACUGAGAAGAAGGAUUUCCCUGCUUCGACUCAGAAUCUCAUCACCUAUCAGUUCGGUAGCGAAGCGUUUACUGGAGGUCCUGCUACGUUUUCGGUUAACAAGUGGAGCGCUACUGCUUCUUAA